UAAGGCGACUUUGUGGUUGCAUUGUGGCGAUGUUAAACCCUCCAGACAAGGAAUGUAAGAAUUAAACAAAUGCUGCACGUUUGAUGUGAUAUUCAUGAUGUUCAAUCAAACAUUAUUUGCAUCAUAACAAGGCAAAGAGUCUCUUCUGUCUGACGCAUGCGGAUUAAAUGAGGACGAUGAUGUGAUUAUGUGAAACCUGCGUGGACUCGCUGCUGAGAGGUUUUCAUUAGUGAUUAUUAAAAAAAAGGUAAAUAUGGAUGAUGAAGGGCUGAUGAGGCUUUGUUCCUGUGCCUGAUACAUUGUGCUCUGCCUACAGACAGACAUGACACGUACAGUCUCAUAAUGCACAAGGUUUGAUCUGAAUGAUGGUUUGAUUGUAGUUUAAAGUAAGAGUUGUUGCAUGCAUAGUUCACUCAGGCAGCUGUGCGCGUGCAUGUCUAUGUAUGCGCAUGCGUGGUUAAAAAAAAGGUAAUGUCAAUUUUGCAAAAAAAUGUGUUCUAAUGUCUGUAUGAAAUAUAAGGACUGUCCAUUCUAUCAUUGUCUGUAUUGAAUGCAUUACUAUUCGAAUACAUAUACAGGUGCAUGUCAAUAAAUGAGAAUAUCGUGGAAAAUAUUUCCGUAAUUCAAUUUAAAAAGUUAAACUCAUGGUUCUCCCUGUUGCUUGUGCACCUUUUCCUACCACACUUUUUCCUUCCACUCAACUUUUUCUAUGAAUAUGUUUGGAUACAGCACUCUGUGAACACCCAGCUUCUUUAGCAAUGACUUUUUGAGGCUUACCCUCCUUGUGGAGGGUGUCAAUGACUGUCUUCUGGACAACUGUCGAGUCAGCAGUCUUCCCUAUGAUUGUGAAGCCCACUGAACCAGACUGAGAGAUCAUCUAAAGGCUCAGGAAACCUUUGCAGGUUUCCAUCAUGUCCAACCUGGUUCAGACCACUUCAGAGAGUCUGUGUAAACUUGUCCGCUGGGCUCACAGUCACGGUACCAUCUGCAACCUCAUCCCCAGCCUGCAGCAUCUCACCCAUGGUUCCUAUGGUAAUGUGCUGACACCAGAGUCCGGUCUCCAUGGCAGCAGCAUCCCUGUAGCUAUGUGGGGCUGUAGCGCUGGUCAUGCUUACCACUGGCCCCUCAGUGACCAUAGCAACGGCUGCACAGGCUCAGUAAAUACCUUCCAGGGCCAGGAGAGGUUCGUUGGAGGGCGUCCAUCCAAAAAGGUGGCAGUGAGGGCGUCAUGUGACCUCUUCUGCAACGAAGCAGCAUCAGAGGGAGAGGAGUUCAGCAGCCGGCUGUUCGACAUGGCUGGAAGUGACUCGUCAGCCACAGAUGAGGAUGGGGACUACGAGCCUCGCCCAUCCAGGAAGAGAGGCGCGACACCAGGAGGGUCAACGAGCUCGGGGGGAGUCGCGGGGAAGAAGGUCAAGCAGGAGGCAACCUUUGGAGAUGAUUACGAGGCUGUCGCUGACAUCGUUUGCAAGGCAGAGAGAGACGCUGUCAAUCUUUCACAGGCUUAUCAAGCACCGAUCAAACACACACUGUUGCCUAACAAGGCCCUACCACCCGACCCUCAGCCUCAGCGGCUCAGUGACUCCUCUGGGCAGCGUGUCCAGGAUCUAGUGAGUGAGGGACUAGUGGAUCCAGAGAUGGAGCUGCUGGUCGGAGGCAGCUGCACAACAAGGACCACAGAGCAGGCAGAGAGAUGCAGCUCUGCCAAAGAGACUACAGAGAUGACUACAGCAGGGGCCCAGAAAGAGCUGGAGAAGCUGCGAGCGUUACUUUGUGCCGAACACAGUCGAAACCAGCAGAUGACAGAGAUGAUCUCCAGUCUGAAGCAGGACAAAGAGCUGCUGCAGCACGAACUCACCAAGAAAGCCAAACUCAUCUUUGACUUCCUACAGGACAAAAUCCGACCAGAGAAGAGGUUUCCUCGUUGCUCCAAUCAGAUGGAACCGGGAAGUUCACACAUGACCUCUUCUGACGAUGUGACAGGCUUUGAUACGUCAACGCUGUUUGACUCGUUCGAUGAAACAGACUUUCACCCUUUAGAACGCCACCGAACUCUAAAGAGCAAGGGGACCCGGGAUGGUGAAAACACCCGAGUCAGGAUGAAAAACAUGGCGGGGGUGAUAGCACGUUACAUGGUCGCCCUUCAAGAGUUUCAGCGAAGUGUCUCCAUGAAAGUGGCCUUUGACCGGGUCGGUGUGGACCGCAACACAAUCUCCCGUACAGCGUCCAUUGCCGAGCUCAGCCUAGCCGCUCCGGAGGUCUUUCAUGCACUGGCGCCAUGGGAUGAGAAGGAGGAGACGUUGGCGCAUUACGCUCACCGCUGCCGACAGGCGAUGGACGACAACAUUAAGGCCAAGAUCAAAACGAUGAAGGCAAAAGGAGAACUGCUGCCUAUUAUGUCAAAGUGACAGCUACAGAUAUUGUGUUGACUCUUUCUCAUAAUCAGAGGCCUGUGACACACUACUACAAACUUGUACAUAUUUAAAAAAUCCACACACAAAGAAAAAGCUCACUCUUGGGAUUCUCUUCCUCCACUCCGACAUUCUUUACCAUCUGAGUCUGUGAUGUUCAACACAGACGUUUUUUGCUAUACCACCUUUUCCACCAUCUCAUGUACCUCUGAUCAUAUUAGAUGGCUGCACUGCAUUCUGGUCAUGUUUCUUUGUCUGUUGCUGUACAAAUAAGGCUUUUCAUGUCCAACUGACUUCCUCUGUGACUGUAAAAGACUUGUGCAAAGGGAAGUGGAAAGAAAAAGAAAAAUUCUACAGAACUGUGGUCAAUUGUUUUAUACAGCUCAUGCCAGUGCAUUGUAAUCAGGUUUCAACCUAUGACAAAGCAGCUAAAAGGUUGGACACUUAGUAACUGGUUAAUUUCCACAUCAGCAAUAUGAAGCAAUUGGUAGUGGUGACUCAUAUUACUUUAUGAUUGAGUGGUUACUUUCCAGUUUUCUGAUCAAUGAGGGACUUUUUAAAAGAUGCAUGGUAAUAUACUGUGUUAAUUUUGUUGUUUGUGUGCUGCUAACCUGUGUUUAAACAAUACAUUACUAAAAACUAAGCCAAUUGAGUAUUUAGAAGUCAUGUCUUUUUUCCAUUGUAACAGGACUGACAAAAUAAAGU